AUGGGUUUUGUAGACGAUGCAACCUUUUACGAAGAGGAAAAACAUUCUCCAUUACUCUCACAUCGUGAACUUGAGGGUGAAAAAGUCCUCUCCUAUAUCCGUCCACGCAUUAGAUACAUCCUCACUAGGGCUUUGUAUCUGAACCCUCAUCCUAAACUUGAAUUUCCAUCCAUUGAACUUAUUGAGAAAAUCUCCGGUCUCACCAAUAUUCAUUACGACUCAGAUCAGUAUAAUUCACAUUAUACAAAUAUAUGUGAAUCAAAAUGUGAUAUAAAGUGCAAGGAUCCCAACUGUGAAGCCAAAUGUUGCGAUAAGGGGAGAGAAGGGAGCGUUAUUGUUAGUAAUAAAUGCGAUAACAAUUAUUGUAAAUGUGGAAAGGAUUGUAAAUGUGGAACUGAUUGUAAAUGUGGAACUGAUUGUAAAUGUGGAACUGAUUGUAAAUGUGGAACUGAUUGUAAAUGUGGAAAGGAUUGUAACUGUGGAACUGAUUGUAAAUGUGGAAAGGAUUGUAACUGUGGAACUGAUUGUAAAUGUGGAAAGGAUUGUAACUGUGGAACUGAUUGUAAAUGUGGAAAGGAUUGUAACUGUGGAACUGAUUGUAACUGUGGAAAGGAUUGUAACUGUGGAACUGAUUGUAAAUGUGGAAAGGAUUGUAACUGUGGAACUGAUUGUAAAUGUGGAAAGGAUUGUAAAUGUGGAAAGGAUUGUAACUGUGGAAAGGAUUGUAACUGUGGAAAGGAUUGUAACUGUGGAACUGAUUGUAAAUGUGGAAAGGAUUGUAAAUGUGGAAAGGAUUGUAACUGUGGAAAGGAUUGUAACUGUGGAAAGGAUUGUAACUGUGGAACUGAUUGUAAAUGUGGAAAGGAUUGUAAAUGUGGAAAGGAUUGUAAGUUAUCUCUUGGUGAACACAGUAAAAGUGAUUCUGAAUAUAAAGAAGAUAACUCCUUCACCUCCCGCCUAUUCAAAUUCAUAUCUUCAUCAAAAGAUGAUGCGUCUAAGUUGUGUUUAAAGAUGUUGGAGAGUUUAUCACUGACGAACAAAUCCAAAGAUGAUGAUUAUUCAACUUAUUUAAAGAAUAUCGAUGAGUCUAUAUUUAAAUUUGCCGAAACAGUGCCCACCGAGGAGCAUUUAAGGAUAUUUAAAUUGGACGGGGAACGAACUUUUAAAAAUCUAAACAGGCAAAGAACACUGGUAAACACGCUGAAAAUGUUGUAUUAUAUGAUUGGGGAUUAUCAUCAGGGCGAAGGAUUCGUUACUGCUUAUUUACUUAUCUUUAUGAAUCCUCCUGAAGUUAUUAAACUUAUGUGGAUAUUGCACUGUUUCUAUGUAAACGGAUAUUUUUCCACUGUUCCAUCAUCAUACAUCCGAGACUCGAUUGUUUUUAUUGAGCUACUAAAGGCUAGAGACCCAGUGUACGCCAAAUUUUUGGAAAAUCAAAUCACACCCCAAGCAUACGCGUCAAAAUGGUUCAUUGGUCUUACCAUUUAUGUGCAUUCAAUUCAACUAAAUUGUUACUUCAUUGAGCAGUUAGUGGAGAGGGGGCAGACUUACCUAUUCUCAUAUGCUAUAACAUUAGCGUUAAUGCUGAAAGAUACUAUUAUGGAACGUAACGAUGUUUCAAAGUCACUAGAAUAUUUAAGACUAGACAAUGUGGAUGAGGAAAUAUGUGAGAGGAUUUUGAAGGAAUCGACAAAACUCGAUAUUUCUAUGGAGGAAGUUAAUGAAAUGAGAAAGGUGGCUAUUGGUAUUAUGGAAGCGCAAAAUAAGGCUAGGAAGGAAAGGGAGCAGGCGAUGGAAUAUUCCGACGAUGAGAUUGUAUUUUCUGAUGAAGAACAGUGA